UGCACCCCGUAACUGAAUGCGACUAACGAGAGGAAGGGCAGACGCGCAUAAAGCAAGGGAAAAAUGGCAGACGACGAGAAGCUACCACCGGGCUGGGAAAAACGGAUGAGCCGCAGUUCAGGUCGAGUGUACUACUUCAACCACAUCACCAACGCCAGCCAAUGGGAGCGGCCGAGCGGGGCAGGGGACGGGAAGGGCGAGCCCGAGAAGGUGCGCUGCUCCCACCUGCUGGUCAAGCACAACCAGUCGCGCCGCCCGUCGUCGUGGCGGGAGGAGAACAUCACGCGGACCAAGGAGGAGGCCCUGGAGCUGAUACAACAGUACAUAGAGAGGAUCAAGUCUGGAGAGGAGGAGUUCGAGAGCCUGGCCUCCCAGUUCAGCGACUGUAGCUCUGCGAGAAAUGGCGGUGAUUUGGGCUCCUUUGGGAGAGGUCAGAUGCAGAAGCCCUUCGAGGACGCCUCGUUUGCUCUCAAAGUGGGCGACAUGAGUGGUCCGGUGUUCACUGACUCCGGUGUCCACGUCAUCCUGCGCACGGGGUGAACGGCCAGCACCCCAAACCAAGACCCCCAAAAUAUCCCCCAUCUGCAAGUCAGCACCCCUGAAAUAUUUAUCCAGCUCCCCCAAGCCGACACCCUUAGAUCAGCACCCAUGAAAUAUUCCUCAGGCUCCCCCAAAGCAACACCUUCAAUUUAGCACCCUCAAAAUAAUCCUUCAGCUCCCACCAAACCAAUAUCAUCACCCCCCAAUCCAAGACCCCUCAAACAUCACUCCAGCUCCUUCAAAU